CAGUCUUGCGGGUAGUCAUGCCGCUGGUCGUGCUGUGCGGCCUGCCGGACAGCGGCCGGAGCCGGCGCGCCGACGAGCUGCGGAGCGCGUUGGAGGCGGAGGGUCGCCCCGUGACGGUCGUGCGCGAUGCCGACGUGCUCGGGCCCGGUGGUCCGGAGGCGCUCCGCGAGGCCUACUCCGACUCGACCCGCGAGAAGGCGCUGCGCGCGGCCCUCAAGGCCUCGGUGGAGCGCGACCUGGGUCCCCGGGCUGUCGUCCUCCUCGACUCGCUCAACUACAUCAAAGGCUUCCGCUACGAGCUUUACUGCCUGGCUCGGGCGGCGCGCACCCCACUCUGCCUGCUCUACUGCCUGAAGCCCCGGCCGCGGGCACCAGGCCCCUCGGAGGACGGCCGGCCCCAGGCCGGGGCUGCAGCCGGCAGCUGGAGGCCAAAGGCCGCAGAGCCGGAGCACGGGCAGCAGGCUGGGGCCCCACGGGAGGCUGGAGAGCCUCCGGAGGAGGGCUCCGAGCAAAGCCCAGGAUCUCCGGCCUCAAGGCUUCAGGGAAACACGGGCUCAAGCACGCUCUGCCCAGAAGAAAGCAGGGAACUGGGGGUCACGGGGCCCAGGGCGGCUGAGGAUUUGGGGCCUGAGCUGGCCAGAAAGCCAGGCCCCCCCGAGCCCGGGAGCCCGAAACAGGGGCCAGACCUGGGUUUUCCCCCGGAGCUUUUGGAGGCCCUGGCCCAGAGGUUUGAGGCCCCAGACUCCAGGAAUCGCUGGGACCGGCCCCUCUUCACGGUGCUGGGCCCUGAGGAGCCACUGCCUCUGGCCCAGAUCUGGGCAGCCCUCUUUGAGAGCCAGGUACCUGCCCCCCACCAAGCCACACAGUCACAGCCUCUGUCCUCCACCAAUUUCUUGCACCAGCUGGAUCAGGUCACCAGUCAGGUCCUGGCAGCCCUGAUGGAGGCUCAGAAAACUGCCGUCCCUGGGGACUUGUUGGCCUUACCUGGGACUACGGAGAGGCUGCUGUUCACUCGCCCCCUCUCUAUGGCUGAGCUGAGCCGCCUGAGGCGCCAGUUCAUCUCCUACACCAAGAUGCACCCCAACAAAGAGAACCUGCCCCAGCUGGCCAACAUGUUCUUGCAGUACCUGGGCCAGAGCCUCCACUGAAGGGAAGGGGGCCCAGGGACUCAAGAGGCAAAAGCCUGAGGCUGCCUCCUGUUCCUCUGGUCCUGGAUUCCCUUCCUUCUUACCAUCAAGUGGUAUGAGAUUGUAAGGUGAUGCUGACAGUUGCAAUUAACUGAACUUCAGACUGGCCAGUUUGGGCUUAGUGACUGGUGCUUGAGUACAUGUACCUUCAGAGAACAGGGCUUUAGAUGGACAGCAUCGAGUAUUAACAUUUGUAUUUUUGGAAGUAGUGAAAUUUUUGGACACUGGACUUCCUUUCUCAGUCCGGAGGCAACUAGAGAAAAGACUCAAAAUAGACAAGAAGCUAUAAAAAAAAGAACAGAAUUCUGUUUUUCAGUUGACAUGCUGCAAUAAAAGAUUUUU